AUGUGCAGGGUUCGUGAAGCGGCAAAACCGGGCGCAACCACAAAUCCAAGCAAACGACAUCGCGAACGAUUGAACGGUGAACUUGAAACAGUCGCCGCACUGUUGCCCUACGACCAGAGUGUCAUUUCCAGGCUGGACAAACUCAGUGUGCUGCGUUUGGCGGUCAGUUAUCUUCAAAUCAAAGCACACUUUCAAGCAUGUUUGCACCGAUCCUCGUAUGUCGCGAGCUUUCCUUUUGCUUUCGCGCACAGUUAUCCAUUCAUUCCCAACGCAACAGUACCGUAUGGCGGCAUUCCAACAGCCAUACAUCGUGCUUCCGGACAAUCGCUCAUCGAUCCAAACGAACACGACUUCGAAAGUAUGGCGCUUAAGGCACUUGGCGGUUUCAUUUUGAUACUAAAUGAAAAUGGCGAUAUUUAUUACGCAUCGGAAAAUAUUGAGACUUAUUUGGGCUUUCAUCAGUCCGAUAUUCUGCAUCAGCCUCUGUUCGAAAUGAUACAUUCGGAAGACCGUGAGGAUAUCAAACAACAGUUAGCCUGGAACUACAAUGUUCCUCUUCAUUUCACUUGCUUGCAGGACGUUCUAACUCCUGGAGGAAUGCCUUAUUUGGAAAGGAAUGUUAAUGCUCGGUUUCGCUGUUUACUUGAUAACACCUGCGGCUUCCUGAGAAUUGAUGUUCGAGGGAAACUGAUGAGUCUCCACGGCUUACCACAUUCCUAUGUACUCAAUCGCGCUGAAGCUCACACCUCUGGCAACAUUGUGCUGGGAUUAGUGGCUGUUUGCAGCCCAUUUGUUCCGCCGAAUGUUGUUGACCAGUCGUUGGAUGAUCCAAUCCUGAAAACGAAACACUCUCUCGAUUUUACACUUGUUUCCAUGGAUAGCCGUGUAAAAGCUUUAUUAGAACUUGACGACAAAAAUUUGCCGCGCAGUUUCUAUAGUCUGGUUCAUGUGGAUGAUGCAGUCUGUAUUGCCGAAGCACAUAAGGAAGUAACCAAGAACAGCGCAAGUGGUAUUCUGAUAUAUCGUUUGGUUAGUGUUUGUAGUCGGAGGACAUAUUGGAUCCAGAGCAGCUGUCGCAUGUUUUAUAAAAAUGGUAAACCGGAAACGAUUGGACUAACACAUCGUCUUCUAACUGAAGUGGAAGGGACAAUGUUACUGGAGAAGCGCGCAUCGCUGAAAGCUAAACUUCUGUCAUUCGAUGACUCGCUGCUUCAGUCACCCAGGAAUCUGCAGUCCACUGCAGCUCUGCCAGCAGCUUCAUCAGGUAAAUCUGCAAACUCAAUUGGUACUUUUUUCUUUCUGGACCUUGCCCAAAGAGCUAAUAUAUUUGGAUGA